UCCAGACUCUUCUCGGUCUAAGCCAAAAUGGCGGCCGCCAUGGGAAACAUUCGUUUGCCUCUUGUGGUAAUUCUAGGCUCCACUGGUACUGGAAAAUCCAAGCUAGCCAUCGAAAUAGGUAAAAGAAUAGGUGGAGAAAUCCUCAGCGCUGACUCUAUGCAAGUUUACAAAGGCUUGGACAUUAUAACGAACAAGGUGACUGCUGAGGAACUCUCACAAUGCCCUCACCACUUGAUCGAUUUUGUUUCGCCGCUGAAAGAAUUCUCUGUCGUGGAAUUCCGAAAUAUGGCCUUACCUUUGAUCGAAGACAUCAAAACGAGAGGAAAAAUUCCGAUAAUCGUUGGCGGCACAAACUAUUACAUCGAAUCUGUCUUAUGGGAUAUCUUGAUUGACGAAGAUAGAAGCACUAGUUCGUCUAGUAGCGGAGAUGAAUCAGAAAAACGCACAAAAGGUAUCAAGCAACGAAAAGAGAUCCAAAGUAAAGAAGUUGAAAACUCUAAUGAUGCACUUGGUGAGACGGUAGUGGCGUGUGGAGAGACAGCUAAAGGAACUAGCCAAUCUGAAGAAAUGCCAGGACAUUUAGAACGGAAUAAGGAGUCAAGCUCAAAGACAAGCCUCUAUGAAAGGCUCAGGGAGGUUGAUCCAGCCAUGGCAGAUCGUCUACAUCCAAGUGAUUCCCGGAAAAUUGCACGAAGUCUUCAGGUAUAUGAACAACUCGGCAGGCCUCACAGUAAGAUUCUGCAAGAACAGCAACAGAGACUAGGGGGAAGUGUUUAUGGUGGACCCCAGAGAUAUAAACACAUGUGUGUAUUUUGGCUACAGUGUCAGAGAGAGAUCCUUAAUGAGAGGCUUGAUAGUAGAGUCAAUGAAAUGUUGGAUAGAGGCUUAAUUGAAGAACUCUUGGACUUUCAUCGUGAAUACAACCACGUGUUGGAGAGAAAGGAUGUCGACACAAAAUACACAGAAGGUAUAUUUCAGUCCAUUGGUUUCAAAGAAUUUCAUGAGUUUCUUGUCAAACAGGAAGGAAAAAAGUUUGAUAAAAGCAAUGCAUCCAAAGAGGACAAAGAACUUUUGACAACAGGUGUCGAAAACAUGAGGACAGUCACACGUAGGUAUGCAAAAAAGCAAAUGACAUGGGUGAGAAACCGCUUCUUGGCAAGACCAAGUAUCUCUGCACCUGAUGUUUAUGGACUAGAUGCAACUGAUCUUGAGAAAUGGGAGGGCAAUGUUCUUAAAACUGCAUUAGAUAUUUUAGAUAAAUUGAUAAAAGGGGAAAAUCCACUUAUCAACCCUCUCCCCAGGGUGAUCAUCCAAGAUGAUCGGCAUGCAAGGCAUGUGUGUGAGAUCUGUGGCAACCGCAUUAUUCUUGGUGAAGAAAACUGGAAAAAACAUUUAAGGUCCAGGUCACACAAAUGGCAUGUCAAGUGUGAGGAGAAGAACAGACAUCAAAACUCUGGUGUUAACGAUAAGUGAGAAUAAUAUAUUAUGAAUGAGAAUAAUAUAUUAUGAAUGAAAAUAAUAGUUUUUUUUUUUUUUCAAUAUAAUUGUAUCCAUGACAAAAUCCUGGAUCAUGAUUGGCUCUCCACAUGCCUAUUUGUCAUUUAAUCUGUGCGCGAUCACGUGGGUGUCCAAUUACAGGUAUUCAAUUUGAACUUUUUGUAAUUGAUUACCCACGUGGCAGAAGCAUUACCUUCUCUUGUUGAAGCGUGCCUAUGAUCAUACGGUAACUUUCACCUGACUGUUGAUUAGAAAAAUAAAUAUACUACUAAACCUU